AUUUCGCACAAGUUUGAACUGAACAGGCACCGCUCGGUUAGGCUGUGGCUGACUGCAGAGUGAUCAGUCGGUGAAUUACAAUCAUUAUUCAUUAGUGUGUGAAUCACGUUCGCAGAGCACAGUUGUAGUCGAACCGCAUUUCAGCUGAGAUCGCGACGGAGAUAUUUAUUGUCAACAGUUAAACGCGUAACAAAUAAUAUCCGGAGCCGGUCGAUACCGCACGCUGUUCGCGCGACGCCACAAUCUUAAGACUUUAUUUAACACGGUGAGCACUGGGACUUAUUCAUUAAGAUAUAUUUCGAUAACUCAAAUAAUAUUCUGCUUCCGCGGUGCGAAGAUUGAUACAGUUAACUCGUGGCCGACCUCGAAAUUUUUUAAUCGUGAUUCGUCCGGCCGGCGCGUGCAUUCAACUAAACUUUACACUGCCAUUUAUCUUUGAAGAAAAUAAUCCAUUUAGUGGCUUCAUAAUAUAAACCAAUAUAGCGUGCCCGCAACGGUGAUGAGGCGCGCGGGAGCGAUGAUGAACGGCGGCGGGGAGACGCCCGCGAGAGAUGACGACGUGGUGAUUACCGGGCUGUCGGGUCGCCUGCCCGACUCCGACAACAUUGAUGAGUUCGCGCAGCACCUGUUCGACGGCGUCGACCUCGUCACCGCCGACGACAGGCGGUGGACUCCAGGACUGCACGGGCUGCCCGAGCGCAAUGGAAAACUGAAAGACUUGGCGCACUUCGACGCCACGUUCUUCGGCGUGCACGCCAAGCAGGCGCACCUGAUGGACCCGCAGCUGCGGCUGCUGCUGGAGCUGACCCACGAGGCCAUAGUGGACGCCGGCGUGAACCCGGGCGAGCUGCGCGGCAGCCGCACCGGCGUGUUCGUGGGCGUGUCCAACUCCGAGACCGAGGAGCGCUGGACGGCCGACCCCGACGCCAUCAACGGGUACGCGCUCACGGGCUGCUGCCGCGCCAUGUUCCCCAACCGCAUCUCGUACACCUUCGACCUGCAGGGGCCCUCGUACGCCGUGGACACGGCCUGCUCCAGCUCCAUGUUCGCGCUGGCGCAGGCGGCGGCCGCCAUGCGCUCGGGCCAGUGCGACGCCGCCGUGGUGGCCGGCACCAACCUGUGCCUCAAGCCCGCCAACUCGCUCAACUUCCACCGGCUGGGCAUGCUGUCGCCCGAGGGUCGCUGCGCCGCGUUCGACGCGGACGGGCGCGGCUACGUGCGCUCGGAGGCCGCCGUGGUGGUGCUACUGCAGCGCCGCUCGGCCGCGCGGCGCGUGUACGCCGCCGUGCGGGCCGCUCGCACCAACACGGACGGCCACAAGGAGCAGGGCAUCACGUUCCCCUCCGGGGACGUGCAGCGCCGCCUGGCCGAGGAGACCUUCGCCGAGGCGCGCCUGCGCCCGCAGGACGUGAACUACGUCGAGGCGCACGGCACCGGGACCAAGGUGGGCGACCCUCAGGAGGUGAACGCCAUCGCAGAGUUCUUCUGCCGCGAGCGCGAGACCCCGCUGCUGGUGGGCUCGGUCAAGUCCAACAUGGGCCACUCGGAGCCUGCGUCGGGGCUGUGCUCCAUCGCCAAGGUCGUGGUGGCCAUGGAGCGCGGCUGUAUCCCCGCUAACCUGCACUACCGCUCGCCCAACCCCGACAUCCCCGCGCUCAGCGACGGAAGGAUAAAGGUGGUGGACCGCAACACGCCGUGGGACGGUGGUCUCGUGGCCGUCAACUCGUUCGGCUUCGGCGGCGCCAACGCGCAUGUCAUCCUGGAGUCGCGCGGCGGCCCGGCCGCGGGCGAGGGCGCUGCGGCAGAGGGAGCACUCCCCCGCGUGGUGGUGGCCUCGGGGAGGAGCGAGGCCGCCGUGGAGGAGCUGCUGGCCCUGGCGGAGCAGCGGCCCGGAGACGCGGGCCUGCUCUCGCUGCUGGACGCCGUGCACGCAGCCGACAUCCCGGGCCACUCGUAUCGCGGCUACACGCUGCUCGAAGAUGGCGCCACCUCGCCUCGCCGGGAGAUCCUGGAACUGGAGGGCGAGGCGCGGCCCGUGUGGCUGGUGUUCUCCGGCAUGGGGUCCCAGUGGGCCGGCAUGGCCCGCCAGCUCAUGCGGCUGCCCGUGUUCGCCCGCUCCGUGCACGCCUGCGCCGACGCGCUGCGCCCGCAUGCCGUCGACCUCGUGCACAUCGUGACCGAGGCGCCCGAUGCCGCCUUCGACGACGUCAUCGCUUCCUUCGUGUCCAUCGCGGCCGUGCAGGUGGCGCUGGUUGACGUGCUGAGAGCCGUGGGCGUGAAGCCCGCCGGCAUCGUGGGCCACUCCGUCGGCGAGAUUGGUUGCGCGUACGCGGAUGAGACGCUGAGCCGCGAGCAGGCCGUCUUGGCGGCGUACUGGCGCGGGCGCAGCAUCGUGGACGCCAAGCUGGCGGCGGGCGCCAUGGCGGCCGUGGGGCUCUCGUGGGAGGAGUGCGCCGCGCGCUGCCCGCCCGACGUCGUGCCGGCGUGCCAUAACGCGGCCGACAGCGUCACGGUGUCGGGGCCCACGGACAGUGUGGCGGCAUUCGUGGCCGCGCUUGACGCCGAGGGCGUGUUCGCCCGACGAGUCAACAGCUCGGGCGUCGCGUUCCACAGCAAGUAUAUCGCCGCCGCGGCGCCGCUGCUCCGGCGUUCGCUGGAGCGUGUCAUCCCGGAGCCCAAACCGCGCUCCGAGCGCUGGGUGUCCUCGUCGCUACCACGAGACCAAUGGGGCUCUAAACUCGCGAAGCUGAGCGACGCAGCGUACCACGUGAACAAUCUUCUGUCGCCCGUGAGGUUCGCGGAGGCGCUGGACGCGGUCCCGGCGCGGGCGCUGCUCGUGGAGGUGGCGCCCCACGCCCUGCUGCAGGCCGUGCUGAAGAGGGCCCGGCCGCACGCGGCGCACGUGCCGCUGCUGCGGCGUGAGCGCGGCGACCAGGCGGCGCACCUGCUGGCCGCGCUGGGCCGCCUGCACGCGUGCGGCGCGCAGCCGCGUCUGGCCGCGCUGGCGCCCGCGCCGGUCUGGCCCGUCCCGCGGGGCACGCCCUCGCUCGCGUCGCGCGUGCGCUGGGACCACUCCGCCGAGUGGAGCGUGGCCAGCUACGCGCAGGCGCGCUCCGGAGAGAACGUCAUCGAGUACGACCUGUCCAAGAGUGACGACGCUUUCAUGGCCGGCCACAACAUCGACGGCCGCGUGUUGUUCCCCGCCACCGGCUACCUGACUUUGGUGUGGAGAACGAUGGCCAAACUUCACAAUAAGAAACUAGAGGAGACGGCGAUAGUGCUGGAGAAUGUUCAGUUCAGACGGGCCACCAUAGUGUCGCGCGACGGCCCCGUGCGGUUCCUCGUCAACGUGCUCGAGGGAACGGGAGAGUUCGACGUGUGCGAGGGCGGAUCGGUGGCCGUCACGGGCCUGGUGCGGCUGACCGACGACCCCGCCGCCGAGCGCCUGCCCCCGUCACCGGAGCCCCCCGCGGCGCCCGGGGCCGAGGACCGCCUGCCGCUCGUGACCGACGACAUAUACAAGGAGCUCAGACUGCGCGGCUACAACUACAGUGGCGUCUUCCGCGGCGUCAUUUCGUCCGAGCCGCGCGGGACGAGCGGCGAGCUCGCCUGGAACGACAACUGGAUCGCGUUCAUAGACACCAUGCUCCAGUACAGCAUCGUCGGCACGAGCAAUCGCGAGCUGUUCCUGCCCACGCGGCUGCAGCGCGCCCUCAUCGACCCGCGCGCGCACGCGGCCGCGCUGGCCGCCGGGCCCGCGGUGGCCGUGCGCAUGCGGCGCGACAUCGACGUCAUAUCCGCGGGCGGGGUGGAGCUGCGCGGCCUCAAGACCAGCCUGGCGCCCCGGCGCGCCAACCCGCAGCCGCCGCCCAAGCUGGAGCGGCACGCGUUCGUGCCGUACGAGGCCGAGGACGCGGGGCGUGAGCGCGGGCCGCCGCUGGUGGCCGCCGCGCAGCUGCUGCUGGAGAACGCGGGCGCGCUGCGUCUGCGCGUGGCGGAGGCGGUCGGCGCGCGCGGCCCGGACGGCCUGCUGACGCCGCCGCUGCUGGCCGCACUCGACGCCGAGCCGCAGGUGCGGGUGGACGCCACGCUGGCCGCCGCCGACAAGAGCGCGGCGUACGCGGCUCUGGCGCAAGAGCUGGCUCUGAAGGUGAACCAAAAGGACGUGAACAACAGCGCCCCCGAUGAGGAUUGUCACCUCGUGAUGGGUGCCGACGUACUAGAGGGCGAGGCGGCGGCAACCGUGCUCGCCAAUAUGGCGGCCGCGCUCGUCGACGGAGGCAUGCUGCUGCUGCGGGAGCCGCGGGGGGCGGCCCGGGGCGCGCGGGGGGGCGCCGCCCUCAAGGCCGCCGGGCUGCAGGUGGUGGCGCGGCUGGCGGGCGCCGACGCGGGCGAGGAGUACGUGCUGCUGCGGGCGCGGCGCGACCUGCCGCCCGCGGUGGUCGUGGAGCUGGACGAGGAGGACGGCGCCUACCGCUGGGUGGAGCGGCUGCGGGCCGCGCUGCACCGCGCCGAGAGCGAGCCGCUGCGCGUGUACGCCGUGUCGCGCGCGCCCGCGUCGGGGCUGCUCGGGCUGUGCUCGUGCCUGCGGGCCGAGGCGGGCGGCCGCGCGCUGCGGGGCUACCUGCUGGCCGCCACCGCGCCGCGCUUCGCGCCCGACGCGCCCGCGUACGCCGCACAAGUGGAGAGAGACCUCGCUGUCAACGUGCUGCGCGGCGAUCGCUGGGGCUCCUACCGACACAUUUUACUGGACGACCCGACCGAGCCCACGCUGCAGGUGGAACAUGCCUACGUGAACACUCUGACCCGGGGUGACCUGGCCUCACUGCGCUGGGUGGAGAGCGACCUGCGUCACGCCACGCCGAGGGCUGACCAACAGCUGUGCCGCGUGCACUACGCGCCGCUCAACUUCCGCGACAUAAUGCUGGCCACGGGCAAGCUUCCACCAGAUGCGCUGCCCGGCAACCUGGCAGGACAGGAGUGUAUUCUGGGGCUGGAGUUCAGCGGGCGCUGUGUGGGCUCGGGUGCUCGCGUCAUGGGCAUGGUGGCAGCCCGCGGCCUGGCGACCACGGUGGUGGCCGACCGCGCCUUCCUGUGGGACGUGCCCGACAACUGGACCCUGGCCGAGGCGGCCACGGUGCCGGUAGCAUAUGCGACGGCGUACUACGCGCUGGUGGUGCGCGGGCGCAUGCGGCGCGGCGAGAGCGUGCUGGUGCACGCCGGCUCGGGCGGCGUGGGGCAGGCCGCCAUCGGCAUCGCGCUGCACGCGGGCUGCGCCGUGUACACCACCGUGGGCACGCCCGACAAGCGAGCCUUCCUGCGGGAGCGCUUCCCUGCGCUGCCCGACGAGAACAUCGCCAACUCCAGAGACACCAGCUUCGAGCAGGCGGUGCUGCGGCGCACCGGGGGCCGCGGGGUGGACCUGGUGCUCAACUCGCUGGCGGCCGACAAGCUGGCCGCGUCCGUGCGUUGCCUGGCCAUCGGCGGCCGGUUCCUCGAGAUCGGCAAGCUGGACCUCUCAAACAACACUCCCCUGGGCAUGGCCGUGUUCCUGAAGAACACCACGUUCCACGGCAUCCUGCUGGACGCGCUGUUCGAGGCGGACGGGUCGAGCUGGGAGCGCGAGGAGGUGGUGCGCUGCGUCCGGGACGGCAUCGCGAGCGGCGCCGUGCGACCACUGCCCGCCACCGAGUUCGGCGCGCACCAGCUGGAACCUGCCUUCCGCUUCAUGGCGACGGGCAAACACGUGGGCAAGGUGCUGCUGCGAGUGCGGGACGACGACGCCGAGGGACCCGGGCUCGUGGCUGCCCUGCCGCGCACCUACAUGCACCCCGCCAAGAGCUACGUGCUCGUCGGUGGGCUGGGCGGUUUCGGGCUGGAGCUGGCAGGUUGGCUGGUGAAGCAGGGGGCGCGGGCGUUGGUGCUCAACUCCCGGUCCGGAGUGCGCACCGGGUAUCAGUCAUGGUGUAUUAGCAGGUGGCGUGCGCGAGGUGCGACGGUCCUGGUGUCGACGGCGGACGCGUGCAGCGCGAGCGGGGCGCGUGCUCUGCUGAGGGACGCCAACUCCCUGGCGCCCGUGGGCGGCAUCUUCAACCUGGCGGCCGUGCUGCGUGAUGCCUUCCUCGAGAACCUCACGCCUGACGACUUCCGCGCCGUGGCGCGCCCCAAGGUGGAGGGCACACGCGCGCUGGACGAGGCGUCGCGCGAGCUGUGCCCCGAGCUGGAGCACUUCGUGGUGUUCUCGUCCGUGUCGUGCGGCCGCGGCAACCCCGGCCAGAGCAACUACGGGCUGGCCAACUCCGCAAUGGAGCGCAUCAUGGAGGUGCGCCAAGCCGACGGAUUGCCUGGCCUGGCCGUGCAGUGGGGCGCCAUAGGCGAGGUGGGCUUGAUCGUGGAGACGAUGGGCGGUGACGAGACGGUGGUGGGCGGCACCGUGCCGCAGCGUAUGGCGUCCUGCCUGGAGACGCUGGGAGCUCUGCUGGCGCGGCCCCACGCCGUGGUGGCCAGCAUGGUGCUGGCUGACAAACGCCGCACCGCCGCCCCUCCCGCCGACUCACUCGUGCACGCCGUGGCCAACAUCCUGGGAAUCAAAGAUCCAUCCAAAGUGUCCGAGUCGGCGAACCUGGCCGAGCUCGGCAUGGACUCCCUGAUGGGGGCGGAGAUCAAGCAGACUUUGGAGCGGGGAUACGACGUGGUGCUGGGAGUGCAGGAGAUCCGAGCGCUCACCUUUGCUAAGCUAAAGGCGCUUUCGGGCGGCGAAGACGCGACGGAGACCGCUGCUGCGACGGAGGGCCAGGGGGAGAAGACGGCCACGGCGCAGGCAGACCCUGCUCCCGCAGCCCCGCCCGCCGCCGUGUCGCGACCCCCUCCUUCACCCACCGACUUGGUGCAGUUUGCGACGCUGGGUGAGCUGGUACCUAAGCGUACCGUUGUACGACUGCCCAGCGCGGUGGCUGACGACACAGACGCCGACGCCGUGUUUAUGGUGCACCCAAUCGAAGGCGUGGCGGACGCGCUGCGCGGCGUAGCGCGUCUCGUGCACGGCGUCGUGUUCGGGCUGCAGUGCGCGGCCGACGCGCCGUUGGACGACAUGCGGUCGCUGGCGGCGUACUACGUGCGCCACGUGCGAGCGCUGCGGCCGCGCCCGCCCUACACGCUGCUGGGGUACUCGUUCGGUGCCGCCGUCGCCUUCGAGAUGGCGCUGCAGCUGCAAGAGGAUGGCUGCGAGACGCAGCUGGUGCUGGUGGACGGGUCGCCCGCGUUCGUGGCCACACACACCACACGCGGCACCACGCGGCGUGUGCAGCGCUCGCAGAGCUCUGACGAGGCCGACGCGCUCGCAUACUUCGCACAACUCUUCAAGGACGUCGACGCGGCCAAGAGGGGGCGCGGCACGGCCGCAUCGCAGCCGCCGAUGGAUCCAGUUCUCGUGUCGCGGGAGCUGGAGGCGCUGGCCAGCUGGGACGAGCGCGUGGCCCGCACCACGCAGCUGGUGGGCGCCGGGUACUCGGCGGACCAGCUGGCGGCGGCCGCGCGCGCCUUCUACCGCAAGCUGGUGGUGGGCGACGCCUACCGGCCCGGCGCGCCGCUGCGGGCGCCCGUCACGCUGUUCACGGCGCGGGACAACUACGUGCCGCUGGCCGCCGACUACGGGCUGCGGGACGUGUGUGCCGGCGAGCUGCGCACGCGGCAGCUGCCCGCCGACCACCGCUCCAUCCUGGCGGGCGACGCGGCCGCGCACAUCGCCCGCCACGUGUCCGCGCUACUGCGGGCCGCCCACGAGACCACUACUGAUAGCUAAUUUAUUGUUCUAUUGUUAUUUAUGACGUACUCCAUGGUUUGGUGCGCCUGUGAUAUAUAAUAUUCCGUAGGAGUAAGAGUGGCUCGCUUUAUAUCGUGUAUAUAUAGCAGUUAGGUGUGUGUGGUGUGUGUGUGUGCUCGAUGAAGGACGCGACGGGACCGGAAAUUCUGGUUGUCAAAUAAAUGUACAUUCUUUUUAAA